AUGGGUUUUGAGCCACAGGUUGCAGAAGUGUUAAAUGCGAUGCCUUCGAGUAAUUUGAAACCAGAGAAUGAAGAUGAAGAGCUCGAAGAGAAGAAGAUUUACAGAACUACUUAUAUGUUCAGUGCCACAAUGUCUCCUGUAUUAGAGCGUCUCGCUAGAAAGUACUUGAGGAAUCCAGUUGUGGUCACUAUCGGAAAAUCCACGAAGUUGGUCACUCAACAAGUGAUCAUGAUCAAAGAAACAGACAAGUUCUCCAAGUUGAAGAAACUGAUCGAUGAGCUUGGUGAUGAUAAGUCAGCGAUUGUGUUUGUGAAUACCAAGAUCAAGGUUGAUUACAUUGUUAAGAAUCUAGAAAAGUUAGCGAGGUGUCGUGUGACGACAUUGCACGCAGGGAAGUCGCAAGAACAGAGAGAUGUCAGCUUAGAAGGAUUCAUACAAAAGAGAUUCAACGUUCUUGUUGCAACAGAUGUUUUAGGCCGUGGGCUUGAUAUUCGUGACUUGGCACACGUCAUCAACUACGAUAUGCCUAGCACGAUAGAUAUGUAUACGCAUCGGAUUGGACGAACAGGACGAGCAGGGAAGAGCGGUGUUGCCACAACGUUCUUGACUCUUGAGGAUAAAGAUGUGUUUUACGGUCUGAGGCAGAAGCUUGUUGAGUGUAAUAGUACGGUGCCACCUGAACUUGCGAGACAUGAAGCCCUCUAA